GAGCAUAUGUUAAAUAGAAUGAAAAAUGACAUAAUAUCUUACCAACUUAGAGCUUAUGGAACAAAAGAUAUUUUAAAUUUAGGCGAAAGUGUUUUAUAGAGUGCAAAUUAAAGAAAUUAUAAAGUACAUUAAAAAUAAAAGAAAACUUAGCUUGCACUUAAUGAUGUAUUAUAGGUAAUUCUUUUUUUUAUUUUUAUUUUAUUGCAAAAUUUUUAUAUUUUAGACAAUCGAACAAGGAUAAAAUAACAGAAAAUAAAACUUAGAUGGAUUUAAAAAAAGCUUGUCUGAAAAAUAGGAUUUAGAAAAGUAAAGGGAAGAUAGAAUUAAAAGAUAGUUAGAAAUAGCAGAAAUUGCUGCAAAUGAUAUAAGAGAUUAAAAUUUAAAAAAAUGGAGAAAACUAUUCUUAGUUCAUAAUUUCAUGAGCACUUUUUUAAAAAGAAAAAUGGAAAGAGAAAUGAACAAAUAUUAAGAAAUGGAAUAAGGAUUUUAAAAAAUUAAAGCCGGAACAGGAAUUACAGACGCUGGUGAGAUAGUUUAGAAAUUCUUAAAUCGAGAAUAAACUUAUAGUCAUUUAUUAAUAUCAAUUUCAGAUUAUGAAAAGAAAAUAGAACACUUAAAAAAAUAUAAUGAAGAGUUAAGAAAUAAAUUACAUAAGCUUAAAUCUGAAAUAAUUCCUACUGAUAAAUAAGAAAGUAAAUAAGCAAAGCUUUAAAUAGAUGAAAUAUAUUAAAAAUACACUGAAGUAAAUGAUAAAUCUGAACAUUGUAAUCUGAUAGAAUUUAGAGUUUAUGAAUGGAUGUUAAGGACAUUAAUGAAAUUAGAAAGAUGUAUUGGAAGUAAAAAUAAAUCUCUUUAAUAAUACUAAACAGAAUUUCCUAAAAAUGCAUUAUCUGAAAUUCUCUAAAAAAUUGCAACUAUUCUUCGUGAUAAUUUAAUUCCUUUAGAUAAACCUGAAUAAAUAGAAAAUGUAACAAAAGCAUAAUAUACUUCUAAAAUAGCAACCGAUAUUUCAGUUUUGAAAUGCCUAAAUAGAGUAAUACCUAUUUUUGAAGAUAAAAGUUAUAGACAUAACUAUUCUUCUGAACAUUAAAACGAACAUGAAAAUUCUGAAAAUAUUGGCGGCUAAUUAUCUUAAAGAAGCUAAAAUAAUGAAGAAAGUGAAGACGAAGAAAAUUUUGAAAAAAUAGAAAAUGAAAAUGUAAGGUAAUUAAGAUAUGAAACUAAACACGAAUAAAGUUAAAUUAAAUAGGGCAAAAGUUGAUAAUUUUAAAAUCAAAAAUGAAUAUUUAAAAAUAUUAAAGUAUAUACA